AUGGAAGGAAACGGAAUUGGAGAGAGAUGCAUAGAGAAGAAGAGAGGACAGUGUAAGGUGGAUAAGGGUGUAAGGGAUGGGAUGGUUGGAAAGUGGAUGGAGAGGUUGAUGGAAAGAGAGAAUAUUCGUGUAGAGGUUGAUGAAACAGGCAUAAUGUCCAAGAAUGUAAGGGGAAGUGAAGAAAUGACAUGUAUGGAAGAGAGGAAGGAGCGGAUUAGACAGUUUGGAGAAACGAGAUUGCAUGGUAAUUCUGGAGUGAACCAGAGCGAGCACCUUUAUUUGCCACGAUGUCUUAGGAAGUUGUCAAGGAUAUUCCGUGUUUUAGAGACUAUUGAAAGGUUUAAUGCAACCAGGGGGCUUACAACGAUAUUUAUUAAAUCACAGAGAUGCAUUGAGAAGCUUGUUAAGCAGAAUGUAGGACUUGAUGAUGUUGAAAGGAUGUAUUUUAUUGCACCAGAGCUAUUCAACUUUAAGAAGAUAAGUGUAAAUCACGAAGGGAAGGAGGUUGAUACGUUUGUUGUUUACCUGUGUGGAGGAAGUGGAAGGUUUGAUGAGUGCCUGAUUGGAUAUUCAAAGCGGAUGCAUUCGAGCUUUAUUGAGAAGAGAGGAUACGUGUGGAACGAGAAUAGAUACCAUCCUGAGUAUGACAUUGAAGAGAUGGAUGUUGGUAGAAAGAAGAUAUUUGGAGAUGAUACAGAGAAAGAGAUAGAAAAGAAGGGGGUGAGAAGUGGAGAGACAGAGUAUGUUCCAAUAAAGCGGAGUAUUGAGGCUGAAGAGAAGGGGAAAAACAGAGCAUUAACGAUACUUGAGAGGAUAAAAGAGAAGGAGAGGUUGAGAAGAGAAGAGUUUAUGAGUAUGUCAAAAGAAGAGGAGGAUAACAAGAUGAUCAGUAAGAGAAUCUUAUUGCUAUUUAAAUCUGAGAAUAAAAGAGCAAUUGCAACAGACAAGGUUAUUGGAAUGCUCAACAUAUUUGAUGGAAUGAAUGUGAUUAAAAGGAUUAUGAGAUGGGAUGGAACGUUAUUUUAUAUGAAAACGAUGAAUGGGACAGCAUAUAUUGUAGUGUAUGGAAGUGGUAGAGAGUGA